AAUAUUUUUAUGGGCAAAUAUCCCUACUGACUUCAGUCCUGCUGUGAAUUUAGCUACUUCUGUUAAAUCUGAGAGAAUUAUGCGGCCGCUCUCAAAUUUAAUAUAUUGAUAUUUUCAUCUAAUCGCGGAUAUUAAACGAUCAGAUAGCUAAUGCAGUUAGUUGUCAUGCUCAUUUGGUAAAAAGGCAGAAGAGCGACAGAGAAUCGGCCAUCCAGCCACCUGUAGCUGAGAGCGACAGCUGUCAAUCAGGUGAUCUGUCAAUCAUACAGGAGUGACAGACAUGAGCUUUUUCGGCUUCGGACAGAGCGCCGAGAUCGACAUCGUUUUGAAUGACGCCGAGACAAGGAAGAAGGCUGAGCACAAAACUGAAGAUGGGAAAAAGGACAAAUAUUUCCUUUUUUAUGAUGGCGAAACUGUAAGUGGAAAAGUUAGUGUUACUCUCAAGAUUCCUGGAAAGAGACUUGAACACUAUGGGAUAAAAAUCGAGUUUGUCGGGCAGAUAGAGCUGUACUACGACAGAGGGAAUCACCAUGAGUUUGUGUCAUUAGUGAAAGACCUUGCACGACCUGGGGAGCUUUCACAGUCUCAAAUGUUAGACUUUGAGUUCACCCAUGUGGAAAAGCCCUAUGAAUCUUACACUGGCCAGAAUGUGAAACUAAGAUACUUCCUCCGAGCAACAAUCAGCAGAAGACUCAAUGAUAUCAGUAAAGAGAUGGAUAUUGUAGUGCAAACUCUGUGCACAUACCCAGAUAUGAACUCCUCCAUCAAGAUGGAAGUUGGAAUUGAAGAUUGUCUUCAUAUUGAGUUUGAAUACAACAAAUCCAAAUAUCACCUGAGGGAUGUAAUUGUAGGGAAGAUUUACUUCCUUCUUGUGAGGAUAAAGAUAAAGCACAUGGAAAUCGAUAUAAUAAAACGGGAAACAACUGGCACAGGACCCAGUGUGUACCAUGAAAAUGAUACCAUCGCCAAAUAUGAGAUCAUGGAUGGAGCACCAGUGAGAGGUGAGUCAAUCCCCAUCCGUUUAUUUCUUGCUGGUUAUGAGUUGACCCCCACCUUGAGGGAUGUCAACAAAAAGUUCUCUGUGCGUUACUACCUGAACCUAGUCCUUGUAGAUGAAGAAGAGCGACGGUACUUCAAACAACAGGAGAUCACACUCUGGAGGAAAGGAGAUAUUGUGAGGAGAAGUAUGUCCCAACAGGCCACCAUUGCCUCCCAGAGAUUUGAGGGAUCAAACUCCGGAAAUGCGUCAGCAGCCCAAGCCAAAGAAGACAAUAACUAAACACAAAAUGCAACUGAAUCAGUUGAAAAUUAGAAUAAUAGCUUUGUGAGAUCAAAAAUGAGAAUCAAGCUUGUAAACUGCAGUCCAUCUACUCAAAUAUGUAUAGAUUACAAUAUAUUUUUUUAUUUCUCCAUGUUCAAAUUUAGCUUAAUUCCUUUGCAUUAAUAAGUCAGUAUAUAGCCUCUAUAUUUGUCCUGUUUAAUGUGCCCAAAAUGAAAUCACUAAGAGAUUUUUUGCAAUCAUUCGCGUUAUAAAUCUAGAAGUCCAAGUACCCUUAUUAGAGCUCAGCAAUGUAUUAUUGUGUAAUCAAGGGUAUAAAAAUGAAAGCCUCCAUGGAAUCAUCUACUACUACUAAAGGGAAAUAAAUGUUGAACUACUAACUCAUGCAGGGGAGUGACUAUUGUCUUUUUAUGAUUUUUUAUCAUUGAUUAAAAUAUUUAUUUUGGUCUGUCAUCUUGCAAAUGUUUUUCUCUAUUAAAAGAAUCAGCAAAAGUAUCAUCACCAUGGCAGCAAAUGUUUCCAGUGUUCUCAAGAGUGGUGUUAAAUGCUGUGAUAGAGAAGAGUGUUAUAAAUCCUGCUUGUAAUUGGAUGCUACUAAUUUUUUAGGUUUUUUUUCUUCAUUUCUUAUGUGUGUAUUAUAGCAAAUAUGUUUAACAGCUUAUUGGCUGUUCAGGUGAUGGGGUAUGAAUAUUAGUAGCCUUGCAACUGUGAAAACUUCUGCAAAAGGCUCUUUUUACAAGCAACUAUUGUAAUAAACUUUACUAACUUCUGCAUUAAAGAUGAUUAUCUUUUUCCCCCAAU